AUGGACGCGCCCGGCGAGACGGUCGAGCAGAUGCAGGCGCGGCACCGUCGCGAGGCCAAGGAGCUGCAGGGCCGGAUCACGUCCAAGAAGAAGAACGCGAGCAAGAAGACGCGCAAGGGGGUCAACGACGAGUGCGAGGGGAUGGAGCGCGACAUGCGGCAGCGGCAGGCCGAGGAGCUCGCGGCGCUGCAGGCGCCGCGAGGAGAACCCUCUGGCGGGUCGUCGUCGUCGUCGGACGACGACGAGGCCCCGAGCCGCGUGGAGAGGAUGGAGAACAAGGUCGAGGAGAAGCUGGAAAAGGCCGUGCACAAGCUGCACCUCGGCAGCCCUACAGGCAGUCCUACAGGCAGCCCUACGGACACGACCAAUGCGCGCAAAGCCACGACCAACGCACACCAGGCCACCCCCAACGGAGACGACCCCCUUCAAGGCAAGAAGCGAAACAGACAGCGGGAGCGGCUGGCCAGGCGGGCGGCGGAGCAGGAGGCGGCGGCGGCGCGGGCCGAGGAGGAGGCGUCGACCAUGACGGACGACCGGGCGCGCGAGGGCGAGUACAUGGACAAGAUGUUUGCGACGUACGACCUGGCGGAGAAGGAGAUUGCGCCGGACGGGCACUGCCUGUUCAGCGCGGUGGCGGACCAGCUGGCGCAGGAGGGCGUGCCGCUGUCGGAUCCUCCGGAGACUGCCAGCAAGGGCAAGGACAAGGGCAAGGGGGAGGAGGAGCCCUACAAGACGGUGCGGCGCGCGGCGGCGGCGUACAUGCUCGCGCACGCGGACGACUUUGCGCCCUUUCUCGAGGGCGACCUGGGCGCGUACGCGGCGCAGAUCCGGGACACGGCCGAGUGGGGCGGGCAGCUGGAGCUCAUGGCGCUCGCGCGGCGGUACAAUGUCGAGAUUCGCGUCGUGCAGGACGGGCGGACGGAGAAGAUUGGGGAGCGCGAGGGCGGCGACAGCGGGCGGGUGCUGUGGCUGGCGUACUACAGGCACGGGUACGGGCUGGGCGAGCACUACAACUCGCUGCGCAGGCGAUGA